GGGGCGCCGUUCCCCGCCGGGCGCUGCACCGCUCCCCUCGCACUGCCGCCCCUCGCCGCGGUCCCGCAUGGCGAAGGCGGACCCCGAGGCGGCGGCGGCCUGCAGGAAGGGCCGGAGGAGGAGAUCUCGGCGAGGCACCGGGCAGCACGCGGGGACGGCCGCGCAGAAAGGCCCGAAGGCGGCGGCGGUGGCGGCGCUGCCCCGCAGCCCGCAGGAGUUCUCCUCCAACUGGAAGGCGCUGCAGGAGCUACUGAAGCAGAAGGCGAGCACGAGCACCUCGAAGGAGCCCCUCCUUUCAUCUCAGACAUACACCAAGAAGCAGCAUCCACUCAAAGAGGGAAACAGCCAACAGGAUCCAGCUGGCACCGGGGAUGAAAACGCGUUGAAACCCAAAUCCACAAAUAAAAAGGGCAGAGGUCCUGCUGCACACAGCGCUCCUUUGGCCAAGGAGAAAUCCAAGAAGGCUGCAACUGACAAGAAUUCAAAGCUUAAGCAUACAGAUAAGAGGGCCAAGAGUUCGGAUGGCAACACUCCUAUGGCUGAGCCCAAACCCAGCGGGGCUGCAAAGGACAAGAAUUUAAACGGCACCAAAAGUGAUGGGAAAGGCUGCAAAGAAAAAAGGAAAAAUGGCAAUAUUGAAAAGGAAAAAAGUGAUGUGAAGCAUAAGAAAAGGAAAGCUGAAGAUACAGCACAGGAGCCCAAAGAGGCUGACAUCUGGUUUGAUGAUGUUGAUCCAAAAGAUAUCGAAGCAGCAAUAGGACCUGAAGCAGCAGAAGUUGCCAGAAGGAAAAUGGGACUUGAAACAGGCCAAUCCAAACGGUCUGUGGAGCAGAUGCUGGUUAAAGAGAAGUCUUCUGGAGGUCUUACAAGAGCUGUAGCUAUGGACUGUGAGAUGGUGGGAGUAGGACCCAACGGCGAAGACAGCAUUGUGGCUCGUGUGUCCAUUGUGAACCGGUUUGGAAAGUGCAUUUAUGACAAGUAUGUCAAACCUACGGAAGAGGUGACAGAUUACAGAACAGCUGUUAGUGGCAUCCGACCUGAGCAUCUAAAGACAGGUGAAGAUUUUAAAACAGUUCAGAAAGAGGUCGCUGAUAUCUUGAAUGGAAGGAUUUUAGUUGGGCACGCAUUACACAAUGACCUAAAGGUCCUAUUUCUUGAUCAUCCUAAGAAGAAAAUACGUGACACACAAAAAUACAAACCUUUCAGACAGAGAGUCAAGAGUUCACGGCCAUCGUUGAAGCUGCUCUGUGAUAGACUUCUAGACGUUCAAGUGCAGACAUCAGAGCACUGCUCGAUUCAGGAUGCGCAAGCAGCUAUGAGACUGUACACCUUAGAGAAAAAGAAAUGGGAAACUGCUCUUAAGAACAAAUCUAAAGACAAACCAUGAAACUUGAAUGAUUCCAC